GCCGAGGAACAAGCCUGCAUGUCUGGCUGCAAGACCGUUGUAAAACCCGCUGAAAGUUGAGGAGACAUGUCCCAGCUGGACCCAACCAAAAACCAAAAAACACUGGCCCUUGGGAGCGCCCGGCUCCUCUUGAGCGAGCGACCCAAUCAGAUCAGCAUUCGCCAAGUGCCUAUUGGAACAAAAUAGCGGCUUUCAGUUGCUAGGUUGGGGGGGGAAUGUUUGAGACAGCGCAAGCAACCGAUAUUGGAUCCAGUGGCGAAAUCGACACAAACCUCGGAAAACAGAGGAGCUUUCUCGCAAAGACUGUGGAGUAUAUAUUUUUUGUGUCUAGGAACAAGCUGGGAACGGAGAAACAAAAUUAAAUAGCCAUCACCAAGGAAUUCAAGGAAUUCGCGGUUUCGCCCACCCACCAGGGCCUCUUUCAUGCCAGUGCUCAAAACUUUGUGCCACCAUUAUUCUUCACGCCCAACACACAAAACACGAGCCUGGGCCGUCCCGAAAUGGGUGGUCCAUAAAAUGGAGCUAUCAGGUUUUCUUCCCCCCCCCCCCGGGCAUUUGAUCAUGUACGGUACGCCACACGACAAGCCAUUGGUUUGCUUUCCAAGUUCCCAGGGAACUAGCUAGUUUUAAAGGGGUAUGGACACCAAACCUACGCCAGGAUCUGACCCCCCAGAGGCCUCGAUUGGCUCCAAAAGUUGUUCCUGAACUGACUGCUUGGAUAUGUUUACACGCCAUGCAAUGCAAGUGACCAGAGUUUUGCCUGCUUGGCUUUGCAUCAUAUAAGACAGGACAGGAGGACUUACUGCGGAGUAACUUCAGUCGAAAACUCUCUUUCUCUCCUCCUCCCAAAAUCCAGACAGUCAUUCGUUAUCUUCAAAUCUGAUUUUAUUUUUUCUCACAUUCUUUGCCUAUUCUAAUACCCAACGUACAGAUAGUUUUCAUUAAAUUUUGUUUACCCUCUUUUACAACUACGCUUUUCUCCGACAAGCCACCAUGAAGGUCUUCACAUUCUUUGCCCUUGUUGGCCUCCUGGGCUCUGUCUGCGCCCUGCCUCAAGAGACCACCGCUCCGGUCUCCCAAGCUAACCAGUGUGCUACUGAUUGCGGCAGCGAUAUUUGCUGUACAGCAAAAUGCUUCAAAGUCCCCUGCCCUAGCGAGAACAUGGUCAACCAGACCACCCAAUGCGCGAUGGACUGCCCUCAAGGCAGUGGAACUCCCGACGACGCUAUCAACUAUGCUGAUUGCCAGACCAAGUGCAUCAACGCCUUCUUUUUGGAAGGGACCACGGUCAUUCCAAAUCCUACUAAAACUGGCGAAGCAACUGGCACUGGUAGCCCGACUGGCGAUUCUACUUCUUCUCCAUCCCCAUCUGCCGGCGGUGCUGCGAUUAACGCCCAACUCGGAUCCUCUGCCGCUGGCAUUGUCGGUAUCCUCAUGGCUGCCUUGGCUCUGUAAACGUGUCAAACUUAGCGAAGAAUACUGCAACACGACCUUGACGGGUUCCCGAGUUGUAAGAAGUUAACAAUUAACCGGAAAUAGCGGACAAUUCAAUCGUGUAGGACAGGGAAUACUCUCCCCGUCCACCCCUUUCAGCAGACAAAUACUGUGCUCUCUUGUUGGUCUAUUAAUUUGCCAACUUGAAUAAUUAAUCACUCCUGUCCAUGCCAGAAAUUAAUUGUCAUGGUUUGGUUCCUUUUUUCCCUUUUUCUUUGUUUGCAGAAAUUGGAUUUGUAUACUUGGUAGUAAUGCUUCAGGCCUGCUUUGUGGCAUGGCCUGGAAAUUUGAUAUCCUUUAAUCUAAUUCUUUGUAUGCAUCUGCAUGCACUCAUAAACAGCUCCCAGCUUUACAUUAGAACCCUCAUCAGCUGUCUAACUUGUGCUUUGAUCCAGUGAGCUUGAAAGCUGAUGAUCAUCAAUUUUCUCAUUGAAUACAAGCAUCAAACGCUCGCUUACGCUCGCUUUGCUGCUUGCGCAGCCCCCUCUACCACCACCACCGCCUCUACCGCCCCUACCGCCCCUACCACCCUCUCCCCCUACCACCCCCUUCCACCCCCUACCACCCCUAUCCUAUCGCCAUCAUCAGAUUAAUCAGAGCCGUACAGGCCGCAGAGCCGGCUGUUCAAUCCCAUGAAUUCAAAGGGGUGCACAUGACAUCACAUGAGGUCACAUUACAGUGCAUUUUGCACGGAAAACGCAUGCCAUGAACACAGAGACCAAAAGUGAAUGUAGAGAAGAGUAUAAGAAACAUAAAUACUGUAGAGAAUGUAUGAAAAGAGCAGAAUGAAAAAAAGAAUGAAGAUUUGAAGAUUGAUCUGAGCCAUACAGGCCAGAGAGCAGAGCCAGGCAUUGAGAUGCAUAUGAUGUCACAUUAUACAGCAUUUUUUGCAUGGAAAAGUUGGUUUUUCUAUAAUAAAG